AUGCCUUCCACUGAUAGGGGUGUCUUUUCCCUGAUCAUUAUCAACAAAGCUGGAGGUCUGAUUUACCAGCGCGAGUUCCAGACUGGCCUGCACAAGCUCUCCACCAAUGACUACCUGGUGCUAGCAGGCACUUUUCACGGUGUCCAUGCUAUCACAAGAUCCAUUACCCCGAAGAUCCCUUCCGUACAGCCUCCCUCUCCAGCGACCUCCUCCCCCAGCACCACCGCGCCAGCUGCGUCGUCAUACUCCUAUCCGAACCCAGGCGUACCAGUGACUGGUCUGGACUACCUCGAGACCGACAAGUUUCGAUUGACCUGUUUCCAGACAUUGACGGGCACAAAGUUCCUCUUGUUCACGGAUCCCCUGACCGGCAACGUGGAUACGAUCGUGCAGAAGAUCUACGAGCUCUAUGCGGACUUCGUAAUGAAGAAUCCGUUCUACCAAAUCGAAAUGCCAGUGCGAUGCGAGGCAUUCGACAGGCAUCUGGGGGCGUGGUUGCGGGGGAGGGCAUGA